CAUGGCGGCGCCCAUGGUGUUUUGGGUUGCAUGAAAAAAGAACCUAUUUACCGUCAGAAAUUAAUUCGUGUAAAGAAAUUUAUAAGAAAUAUUGAAAUUGAAGUCCUUGAGUGUUUAUUAUAGCUCGGUAAAAUGGAAAUUCGCAGCUUGUUGGAACUCAACAGGUUGCCAGAUGGGAUAUCCAUGGUGCCAAUCAUAAUAUACUUCCCACUAGGGCUGGUGCUAGCCGUCCUGCGCUUCUUCAUCUCACUGCAUGCUCUCCUCAUCUCCUUUCUCCUCCCCAAAACAUGGUUCAUUAGAAGUGUGAUCCUGAGGUUCAUGUUUGGUGUUGCUGGUAUUAUAAUAUCAACAGACGGAGAUGAAAAUUGGGACAAACGUGCAAGAAUUUUAGUCUGUGACCACAUUUCACCACUUGACCAUUUGGUCACAAGCUUAGUCGUACCUCACAUCUGUCUGCUGGAUUGGCAUGUUUCAUCACUACUGCAGUGGGUGACAGGUUGUCAAGAAAUCAGCCCUGAUAAAAAUAAAGAAGAAGUGGUCAAAUAUGUAAAAUCAAUAUAUAGUGGUACAUCUUUACCCUUAUUAUUUUUUCCUGAAAAGACCACAACAAGUGGAAAGAUAGGUCUUUUAAAAUUUUGGUCUCUGCCAUUUGAAUUAGGACAUUUAAUACAGCCUAUAACAAUUCAAGCAAGCAGAGUAGAAAUUUUCAAAAUAAAUGUCUCCACAGUCAAAAGUACUUGGUGGAGUGACCUUUUCUGGUGCCUUUUUGUUCCAUACACAAUAUUUAAAUUACGAUAUUUGCCAGUGACUGAGAAGAAGGAAGCAGAGCUGUUUGAAGAGUUUUCUGAAAGAGUGCGACAGAAUAUGUGUCGGAGUCUGGGUGUCUCGGCAACAGCGUACACCCACUCUGACAUUACUGACUACCUCAAGAGGCAGUCUUACCCCUUGCCAGCUUCACCCGUGCCUAAUAAUACUGCUGAAAUCACACAAGCUCCGGCAGCUAAACAACAAUCUCAAGGAUCCCCCUCACCGCCAGUCACAACCAAUCAGAUCACAGUUGCCCCAGAGGUCAAGGUCAUGGUAGACCAAGUGAAGAGUGUACUACCACAUGUCCCUAUUGCCACUAUUGUAGCAGAGCUAGACAGGUGUGAAGAUGUGGAUGUUGUCAUCACCAACAUCCUGGAGGGGAACGUGGAGUUCACACCAGAGGACAUACCACCUCCAGAGGGUAACUCUGUAUCACCUCCAGUUCAACAGACAGUUUGUCCUUCACAGUUGACGUUCAAGUCAGACAACUUUGGAAGAAAUGCAGGCAACCGCCAGAUGUCCCUGGAAGACAGAAAGAAAGCCAUGUAUGAGGCUGCUCGGAAGAGGUACAAGGAGAAGCAUAACAUCUUGUGACAGUCAGCUGACAAUGAGGGCGUGGCACAUCUUGUGACAUUUGUCAGACACUAACAACGUGUCCCAAGAUCUUGUGACGUUUGUCAGACACAUGGUACAACAUGGUGCAUUUGUCAGACAGAGGGUGAAGCACAACGUGGGACGGGGAGUGAGGAUGUGGCACCACAUGCUGCCAUGUGGAUCAGUUUACCAUAGUGUGAAGGGCAUUUAGAACUGUCAUAUACUGACAUGCCGUGGCAUUUUGAUUCAAGACAGUUGGUGUGUUGUUUAGUUAUGUUUCACCUGUACAAUCAGUUGCAAUACUUACUUGAGAAGAUAUUGUUGGUGCGUUGAGCAUUUUGUAUAACUAACCUAUAUUUUAAGAAACAUCAAGUGUUGAUGCCAUUCUCAGGGGUUCACAUUUAUGUAGGGGUGUACUCUCUUGUUUUAGAGUGAAACAGACCUGCCCAGACAUCAGAAUUGAAUGUUUGAAGCCAGUCUUGGCUUGCUAAAUCCUUUGAUAAGUUCAAAUAUUAUCUAGACAUUCAUGUGAUUUGUACUGGAUUCACACUCCUGACAAAGUGUAAAUGAUUUGAUCACAGAUACAACAGUGUCCGAGAGUCCAGAACACAAUGAUGUUGGGAGUGUAAGGGUCAAAGGCAAUGCAUCACAUUCACUUUUUCAGGACAUUUUUAUAGUUUUUCGCUUUUUCCUUUGAUGAAUUGGAACAGUUUAAUUUCCCUGAAAUGGGUAUGUCAGAUGUGCCGACUAAGAGUGCCAAUAGCUUGACCUUACUUCAUCAUGAUUUUUCACACAGGAAGCCUGCUGAGGCUUGAGUUCAAGUGGUGUUUAACACUUCAAUUGACUGUAGAGAGUUAUGUCCCUUAGAUGUGGGUUAUGGGUUGGAUCUCUGAUUCACCAGCUUCAUCAUGAUCCCUGAGUCGAUGGAUAUAACGCAUGACCUGCAUCAGCUAAUCCCUAGGUCAAAGCAGUCUUUAAACCCACUCACUCACUCACUCACUCACUCAGACUCAGAACUAGGCCCUGUAGUUGUAGAAUUUAUACACCUAGCUUUUGAGCAUAGAGUUUUGUCUUUAGCACACAGUUGACUAUUCAAGGGGAAACUGUCAGUGUCAUGGGCUUUUUUAAAUGGGCAAGUAUGUGUGGGUGGUGUUGGUUGUUUGGGUGAUGGAUGGGUGUGAUGAUGAUGAUGAUGAUGAUGAUAGCUCAUUUCUCAUGUGUGUUGGUGUAUAGUAAUAUGGUUAAUUUGCUGCAUAUAGCUGAACAAUGUACUUAAAACAUAUU